AUGGAUUACGUUGAUAUUGAAUCCUUUCGCUCAAAGUACAGCGACUUAACUGUGACCGCCGUGCCAAGUAGCUCCAAGCGGAAUGAUGAACAUCAGCAGCAAGCCAUUGAGCAGGAGGGAAAGAUAGCAGCCAAGUCGCAGGAGCCACGUGUAGAGAUUACCAGAAUCCCUGGAGGAGGAGCUUCUGCCACUGCACCCAUUAAUCAACUGAUGGCUACGCGCCACAGGACCCAACAGAGCGCAGCUGCCUUGGUAUACGCCAACGAGUACAAGGAGUGCUGGCCAAACUGGAGUACACCAACUGUGGAUGAAAACACCAAUAUAGAGGACAAGUACACCGAUUUACUGAAUGUCCUGACCGAAAUCCGACCCCAUUUGCCGCCAACAAUGAUUGGAGUGCGACCCCGCAAGGAUUGUCUGCUGCGGGACAUCGGCAAAGCCAGGGUUUUGGUAAGAGAAUGUCUUCUACUCCUGGAGAGCGAUCAGCACCCUCAGAUCGACGGAAACCAGUCCCAAGGUAGCUCCCCA